UAUAGAUCAUAUUAUUUGUAAGUGGCGGAAAAUUCAUGUGGGAAAACGAGUGGUGAUAAGCUUUGGUCUGCCUUAAUCCACAAAUGCUUGAAUUUAGGCGAGUGUUGAAGCUUUCAGAAAACAUGAUGCGGUGAUGUGCACAGUUAUGUCUCAAGACAGAAAAAUGGCAAGAGUACCAGCAGGAAGGGACAGAGAGAAGCAUCGGUCUUCGAGCCCAAAAUUGCGAGGCUCAGGAGGUGCUGGGCACUCAUCUUCAGGAAGAGUAAGGAAGACACAAGUGAAGAAAUCUGCUUCGGACCGUAAACUCGAGUCUCAAAAAUUGAGAUUAGCUGCUAGAGAAAUAAGAUCUGACCGACGACACGCAGUUAAGAACAAGAAUACGUCAAAAGUACAAAACCAGGUUCCGAAAGCCGACAGUACACCAACAGUUGCAGAAGGAGAGGAGACUGAAGAUGUGGCGCUGUACAAACAGAAUAUGUUGAUUACACCAGAUUCCGAGCGAAAAUGUUCAGCACGUGAAAUCGAAAAAAUCAGAGAAGCACUCGUAGAUGCUCUCGAACCUCUCGAGGACGGGUGUUUUCCACAGUUUUACAAUUCGAACAAUUCGCAGGGUGUUCUCGUCCUUACGUGUGCCAACGAGCAGACAAAGCAGUGGCUGGAGAGAACUGUGCCCCUGCUGAAGCCGUGGGAUGGUGCGAAGCUCUGCGUAAAGCCUAAAGGGGAAGUCGCACGAGGGACUAAGGUACUAUUUAAGACGCCAAAGUUGUUUGCCAAGACAGACCCCAAAAAAAUCUUGCUGAUGCUCAGCACUCAAAACAAGACUCUAGAGACCAGGACGUGGAGGAACGUGAGUGCGAAAUCCGAUUCGUCGGGCCAGACUCUGGUCUACGUAGUCGACAAUCGGAGUCUCGAAGCCAUCCGAGCCUUGAAGAAUAAAGCAUAUCUCGGAUUAGGCAAUGUCGAGUUAGUUAUCUUAGAUGAGGAGGACAGCAAGCAGCCCUCUGUAGAUGCAGACGUGAAAAUUGAGGCGGAAGAUGGCAAGGACACCUCCGUAGAUACCAACACAGCUCCUGCAGCAAAAGCUGAAGUGUCGUGAUGUUCGUAUUUGAGAAGCAGCCACAAACAUUUAGACAAUUGUUGCUCGAAUAGAGCAGAUCCGGAGAGAACUUCAUGUGAAUUCAGUGUACCGAGGAGGACAGUGCGUGGGCUCGAGCUGCUUCUGGCUACGGUGCAACCUUGUUUAUUUGGACUGUGUGAGGCCAGAAGUAAGCCUACAAACCAGGAAAAUGUGGUAAUACAAAUAAUGUUGUUGUGGUCUUCAGGCCAGAAACUUACUCGGUGCCUCUCCCCAUAUUAGUCUAUCCUGAGCGAGUCCUUUUAUUGUUGUGUAACUACUGCAACCUAUAUCCAUUUGAAUCUACUCACUGUUGUCGAGCCUGAGUCUCCCUCUACAGUUUUUAUCUCUUACACUUUCCUCAAUUACCGAGUUGACUAUUGUUCGACGCCUCAGGACGUGUGCUGUUCACUGAUCUCUUCCAUUAGUCGAAUUGUGCCAUAAUUUUCUAUCCCUGACUAGAGUCAAUACCUCUUCAUUGAUUUUUCAUUCUGUCCAUUAGAUCUUCAGCAUUCAUUUGUCACACCACAUUUCUAAAGCUUAUAUUAACUUUUUAUCUGUACUGUUAUUGCCCUCAUUUCACUGUGAUAUAAGUCUACUCUCUGCACCGUUUAACCUUAAAUUUGUGUGAUAUGUUGACAUAUUUCUCUUUGUCAGGGAAUCUUUUCUUUCUUUGUCAGUCAGCUGUCAGUUAUUUUCCUACCUAAAUAGCGAAGUUUGUCUGCUUUUAGCAUUUCAUUUCAUAGUCUGAUUUCCCCCAGCAUCACCUAUUGUAAAGGAAAUGCACUGCCUUAUGCGUCUUUACCUUUUAUUUAUGUUCAACUUAUAAUCUAUUUCAAAGGCAUUAUCCAUACUAUCAACUGAUCUUUCAAGGCUUAUCAUAACAAAACAUACUGUAUGGUUCAUGUAAUCUAUUUCAAAGGCAUUAUCCAUACUAUCAACUGAUCUUUCAAGGCUUAUAACAACAAAACAUACUGUAUGGUUCAUUCUGAUGUAAAACUAUGUAACAAACAAGAUUUUACAGUUUCGAGCUGUAGUGGAGUGCUGGGGUAUGCCACAGUGUGUGCUGCCUCCCUCGACUCCUGCUGCACUUUGUCUGUCGCAGUACCACAAGCACCGACUGAUGUUUUCCAUACCUGCCUCACAACUUCCAUUUACGUAUUAGAUGUUUAUAGAAAAUCACCGUGAGCCAUAUCAAACACAGUUUCUGCAAAUUGCAUACUCAGCAUUAUAUUUAAAAGUGGUUUAACGGAAGGAAGGAAAAUAAAAUUUUCGUGAAGAACUAAUAGGGGUAAAUGAGAGCUAUAAAAACAACGUUGUACUGUAGCAGCGACAUGUUAUAUUUCAGUGCAGCUGUUAUGUGACAGAUGUGCACAAUUCCCAACAUUUCCUCCUUAUUACAAACUUUCCAAGGCACUGUAUGUUAUGUAUUUCCUAAAAAAAUAAAGUGAAAUGCAAGUUU